CAGAUUACGUGGUGUUGCCGUUUGCUAACACAAUACUGCUAGGUUCAAGGGGAGCCGGCCAGAUCGCCGUCUCGUUCCUUCUCUAUUUAUAGUCUCUCGCGUCUAUUCAGCUGUUUGCUCUCAGUGCAGAAAUGUUCGGUGUCGCGUACGUCCAAAACCCCACGCGAUUAGCCUCCCGGAUUGUUUCCCGGAGGAAAAGCGUUCGGGAGAGGAAAUUACGCAAAGCGCCAACCAUCACCGAUCUAUCUGCGAGGCGGACGAAUUAAAACCAUCGACGUCAAAGUCAUUAGACGGUGCAAUUUGGUGCAAUCUACACACUCGCGCGAACUUAUGCAAUAGUUUUCAACAUCAUCCAGCUCGUUACAGUGUGAUGUUCAGUAAUCAUUUUACAGUGUGCUAAGUGACUGGUGCCGAUGCUUGUGUUCACACAAAUAUGGAACCUUUAUCCGCGUUUCACGCUUAUUUUCGUUUGAAAAACAUAAUUGACAUUGGUGCUAUUUAAAGUGAAUGCCGGAUUGUUUCGGCUGGCAAUAUGCCAGUGUAUAUAGGAACAGCUGACUGUAAACAAACAAAUUAGCACGCCCGUGAACAAUGUAAUUUCAAUUUUCAAAUUGUGAUGAAUUAGUUCAACGCGUGUCUAGUGUUAGUGAGAUGGCGGGAAAGGACAACUCCAGUGAUAGUGACGGCCCGAUAAUCGACGAUAAUAUCAUUCGCAUUCAAUUGAGAAAACCGAAUCAAAAGAAAUGGGAGUUACGGACGCGAAAUCUCUCUCCCGGGAUAAGGUUUCCGACCGUACAACUUUUUGAUUGUGAAGGAAAUUUACUCGUCGAAACAAAUGACGAAAAUGUGUCCAUAAAAAGUUCCGAUUUUGUUGAUGGAGCGCUGAGACCAACUCAAUCAUUACGCGAAAAAGAUUUUAGACACGUUAUAGGCAAAAAAAAUCUUAAAAAACACAACACAAUAUCAGGCGGUAAAGUAUAUACGCGCGUGUACAAAACACCUGUGAUACUAGGCGAUAACGUGACAAAUAUAAAUAGAAGGUACGUAGUGCGAGACGAAUGCGGCGUCACCAACAUUCCAGCAACACUUACUGUUAAUAAACACUUUUUACAAGCGAAUAGUAUCGAGACAUCUCCUUUUCAAUCCGAAGGUUUUAGCGAAGUGAGUAGUUACAAAAGUUCUGACAAUGAGACAUGUGAAGAAGUUAACCAAACGUUAAACUAUAAAGAAAAUGGUGAAAUAUGUCCCGAAUGCGCGCGAUUAUCCGACAGUAGCAUUAAAUAUUCAUCGAAAUCGUCACUAACCGAACCUAUAACAACGGUAGAUGCAAACACACCAAACAAUGGAAACGAAUCGGUUUCGCCACUACAUAAAUCACAAUCAUUCAAUGAUACAACGUUGAGAGAGGUGAUAAAAUCGCCUGGAAGUGACGCGUUACAUCGCUCUAAAUCUGGUGUUAUGUACAAUCCCCCGCAGAAUAAGGUACCGUUCCUUAACACCUAUUUGAAAAGCUUAUCCGCUCGAGUGAACUCUAAUCCGAAUUGGUUUGCUUUACACCGGCGACGAACAAUCGAAUCCAAGAAUUCUCACGAACUCAACCGGAGAAAAAAUUCCAAAUGUAAUUCGAGAAAAACAUCCCUCAACUUGGGGGACAACACGUCUGACAAUGAAUUUAUUAACAUACCCACAGAUGUCGCGGCCGAUUGCGAAAUGAAGAAACGUUUGAAAAUGUAUAGACGUGGCAUAUCGGAAAUCGAGAUGAGGCAAAGUGUGUUUACAAAGACGAGGAGACAUUCAGUGAGUGGGAUGAUUCGGGUCGUACACACUUCGUCCUCGGAGAGUGUCGACGAAGCUGACGUGGUACUCAACCGCUUGAAGAGGAGGAUACUUAAGAAUAAGUUGAGAGAGAAAAGACGGAGUUUUGGGGCCAAGUUUCAAUUCAAUCCGAGCAACUGUCAACCCCAUAGCAAUCGUACGUCGCCAGACGAGUGGCGCGAUGCGGUCGGCGGGGCCCACGUGAGGUCCCGCCUCGACAUGGGCUCUAACAUCAGCCAGCACUCCGCGAAGGGUCUCAAAGGCCGACGCGCCAGGUCCAGCGGCGAUCUUUGCAAUGGCGAUACCAAAAGCCAGACCGAAUCGUCCGUUUGUGGCUCCGUGGUCGGAGAUGUUAUGGGCUGGAACCGGUCCUUGCCAAACCAUUUAGACGGGAACCGUCAUCUGGCUGAUUACAGUCGAGUCAACAACAAUUAUGGUGAUUUUGGAACUUAUAAUCGGUGUCAUCCUAAAGGUGGCCGCGGUCUACGGUACCGAGUGAGCAAAUCUGGUAAGUCUUUUUGCUUUGUGAUUCUAACUACAGAGUGACACCACUGAAUCUGAAUUAAGUAAAACGUAGUCGAAGUCUAAUAAUCGAAAUUUUAUAAUAUUGCUGUAAGUAAUGCCGUAGAAUCGAUAGCAACGUCUACAUUUCGAGAUAUAGGCUUGAUCUAGAG